ACAAGCACAAACUCUACCCUUUUCCGUUUUCCUCAUAUCUCCUCUUCCCCAUGGUUUCUUCCAAUGCUCAAACCCUAGUGUAUAAUCUGAAGAUUUCAUCUGUUGGGCCGGGUUGGGCUACGGAUUCAGAGGCGGUCCAUGAGCCCAAUUCUAUAGACUUGGCUAUGAAGCUUCACUAUCUAAAAAGUGUUUACUUCUUUUGUAGUGAAGCAUGUCAAGGGCUCACCAUUUCUUGUUUAAAGGAAUCCAUGUUUUACUGGCUCAAUGAUUAUUACAUCACUUGUGGUCGGUUCCGGAGAAACGACGCCGGCCGGCCUUACUUGAAGUGUAAUGAUUGUGGCAUUAGGAUGAUUGAGGCGGAGUGCGACACGUCGCUUGAUGAAUGGCUAGAAUUGAAGGAUUCUUCACUUAAUGAUAUGCUUGUUUACCAUCUACCUAUUGGCCCCGAAUUAUCUUUUUCUCCUCCAGUUUAUUUCCAGGCAACUAAGUUCAAAUGUGGAGGAUUGUCUUUCGGUCUGAGCUGGGCCCAUAUACUUGGAGAUCCAUUUUCUGCAUCUUAUUAUAUGAACAUGUUGAGCCCAUUCCUUGCUGGUGUUAGGUCCAAUAGGCCCGUGAAAGUCACAAAACAACCCAAAACUCUUGGAAAGUCCGAAAACAUAAAAGCACCUCCUCUUUCGCUGAAGCGGGUCGACCCGGUUGGUGACCAUUGGGUAACUGCCAAUAACUGUAAAAUGCAAACAUUUUCACUCUAUUUAACUGCUUCACAAGUAUCUCACCUUCUUUCCAAUAUGUGGGGUCAAAGUCCAAAUAAAGAAACUCCAUUGUUUGAAUCCCUUUGUGCCAUAAUAUGGCAAUGUAUUGCCAAAGUUAGGGAAGGCCAUGACCCCAAAAUAGUGACUAUUUGCAAAAAGGACCCUACUAAUCCUGAAAAUGAGAUUUUGAGCAACAAUCAAAUUAUAAGUUCCGCUAAGGCAGAUUUUUCCAUCAUAGAUUCAAAUUUGAAAAAAUUGGCAAUGUUGCUUGUUGAUGGAGCAAUUGAUGAGAGAGAUCAAAUUGAUGAAACGGUGGAAAAUAAUGAUGGAUCGCUCGAUUAUAUAGUAUAUGGAGCGAAUUUGACAUUUAUAAAUUUGGAAAAUGCUAAUUCGUAUGAAUUAGAACUGAAUGGAUUCAAACCGAAAUUUGUAUACCAUACUAUUCAAGGUGUUGGAGAUGAAGGCGCUGUUUUAUUAUUUCCGUGGCCAGAAUAUUGCGACAAGUAUGACGAUAAAGGUAGAGUUGUCACGAUAAUUUCGCCGGAGAAAGAAGUAAUAAAGCUUAAGUCUGAGCUAAAAAAGAUUGGUUUAAUACUUGAAAGUGAUAUAGAGUGAAUGUAUAUCUUCUGCGUUUAUUAUGGUUAUAUGAUUGUAUGUUCAAUCUCUAUUUGUUUCUAUUUUCUUUAAUAAAAGUUAAAUGUAUUCAAUAA